AUGUCCUCCUCGCGCCUCAUGCACGCAAUCGGUCUCCUUCACCGUUGGCGGCGCCGCGCAACGCUGACUCCGCCGGCCCAGCGGCUCUACCUGACUGGUGACGGUCAGGCGUUGGUUCUGCCCAAACAUGCAGCGAAGACUGCCCUCAUCGAAUGCUCGACUCCAUUCCGUCCAGAGGAGGCGCUCGCCAACCUGCGCGAGGAGCCGCCCACGCCUGGCGAGGUUCUUGGGAGACACAAAGCCGUUCGCAAACGCGCGCAGGAGCUGGCAAUGUGGUCGGGCGCCCUGAUCGGCAUCACGAUGCUCAGUCCCUUAAUCGGGGUACCUGCCGGAGGGGCCGUCGGUAGCAUCGCCCUCCACGCGAUGGUCAAGUUUCACGGGCGCCGAGCGGAGCGGCGGCUCGCGCGGCAUCUAGAUCAGUAUCACUCGGAGUACAGUAGCGAGAGGUCGCCGUGA